CCUCCAGCAGUCAGUCAGUAUGGCGUCCGGCGCGAGUCAGUAGUACGCUCGUCAUUUUGCUGCAACUCCAGCAGUCGAUCUAGAGUAAUUAAGUUUGUGCGCACGAAUGCACGAUGGCGCCGCCGGUAACACCACCACCACGCACCGCCUCGACCGUCGCAUCAAAGAUGUUCGUCCACACGGCACGCGCGGCGUCUUACGUCCGAGUUGCUGGGCCUCUUCGACACCUUCUUCGCCAGCCUCUCCAUGAUUCUCGUCAGCGAGAUUCACGACGAGACGUUCAUCACUGCAGCCGUCACGGCGAUGCGUCACCCAAGUCGACGGUGCUCUCCGGUGGGCUGUCGGCACUGGUUGUCAUGAGGGUACUAUCAGCUGGGCAUGGCAGGAUCGUUCCGAACUUGAUAUCGACGAAGCACACUAACAGCGCAGCAACUGGUACAGGAAAGCUGGAAGCAGGUCAAGGGAAAUCAACAUUCAGACACAUCUUCUCAAGGUUCCGUACUCCUAUUUUCUUAGAGUCAUUUCUGUUGACCUUCCUGGCUGAGUGGGGCGACCGAAGUCAGAUCGAUAGCCACAAUUGCGCUAGCUACCCACAAGAAUGAUGCAACCUUCAGGCACACCAUGUGCACGUCAUUUGCAGUGGUGGGCGGCAGCAUGCUGGCGUCGAGGAUAUCGCAAGGUGGAUCAUGUUGCCGCUGGAGAUCACUUGGUUCCUCCGUCUGUCUAACCAGAUGGUGGUAUGUCUAAUCAGAUGGUGGUGGGGCUCGCUUUGCUGCACCUGCUACAGUUGUGUUUGCCAUUCAUGUGACCAUGUCUUAGACGAGUCUGGGCUUGUAGUAAUGUGCAGUACGGAUCAGUAUUGAGGUCACCGCUGUCAUAUAUACCUCUUGCAAGCCGUUACACGGGAUAAGUUAAUCUGCUGUAAAUUCCGACGUUUGUAACCUCUUCCGAUAUAGUGAAGAUUUGCUGGCCGGUGCCCGUGGUUU